AUGGCGUCUUCCUCCGUCUGGGAGUUGCUCGACGGCCUCGAGGCCCAGCUGCUCCACACCCUCCGCCAGCACUCCCAGACCAUCCUCAGCACAACAAACGCACUGCUCACACCCCAGCCAGAACCCACCACCCCACUCGCAACAAUCACCACCACCAGCAACACCAACAACACCAACAAAGCAGCCAUCCUCAUCCUCAUCCCAGCCAUCUACCUCACCCUCCACACCACUCACUACCAGCGAUUCCUGAACACCCACCCCAGAAUAGCCAGCUAUCUGCCCCCAUCACUCCGCAGAACACCCCCGCGCAGGAAGCAUGAGCUGCUCAUCAUCCUCGGCGCAGACCCCGGCACCCUGGCCGAGCAACUCGCUCUCCAUCUCGCACUCCAGGCCACCCCACUCAUCGCCACCGUCAGCAGCCCAGAGAUGGUCCCCAGCCUGGAGGCCGCCGCCAUGGGCUGGCUCAAGCCGCUCGUCCUCGACCCCCGCGCCCCGCAGGCCUCCCUCAAGCCCUUCCGACGCGCCCUCGCCGCCUCCCUCGCCCUCCGAUUCCCCCUCGCCCACGCACCCUCCACCUUCGCACACCACCCCGCUCAGAAACACGCCCUCGUCGGCCUCAUCAACUGUCUCCCCCUCCCUAACAGCAACACCACCCCCAUCAGACCCCUCGAAGCCCUCCCCUCCCUCGACCCCCACUUCCAGGCCGUCGUCGGUCUCAGCCUCGACAUCCUCAAGACCCUCCUGCCCAUCAUCCGCAACUCGCUCGAGAAGCUCGGCGCUCAGGACGCCUUCAUCCUCACCCUAUUCCCCGCCAAAAACAGUACCCUGGCCCUGCCCUAUCUCGCAAGCUCGCUCAUCGCCAACCAAGCCCUAGAGACCCUCAUGGUCACCCUCCGCCGGGAGAUCGCGAUCUCAGACUCGGCCAGCCGGGGGAAGAUCCGGAUCGUGAAUGAGCGGAUCGGGACGUUCCGGACGAGCAGCGGCGGCCCGGCGGCGCGCGAGGCCGGGCCGCCGAGUCUGCCCGGCCAUCUGCACCCGCUCUAUGCGCGCUCGAUGGCCCGCAGGAUCGGGCUCGGGCCAAGCCCGCCCCUCUGCGGCACCCAGCUCGCCGUCGGCGCCGAGAGCUGGACUUACCUCCUGCUCCACAGACUCGUGCCCGCCGUCUGCGUCGACCGCUGGCUCGUGCUCGUCGAGACGCUCCACCACUGGGUGCGCGGCUGGCUCUUCUGCAACGAGCACCCCUCCCUCACCAUCGACCGGCUCGUCGAGAAGCCUCUGCCGUCCUCCUCCUCACCCGUCCCCCCUGCUCUCCAGGACGACAGCCACCCAGAAACACCCCAGCCCACCGACAAUCGCUCUGCAGACCUCGCCCCCACCGACAGCCAGCAGCUCGCCCUCGAGACCGGGAGCGUCGUCCACCACGCCGGCCCCGCCGAGCUCCCCCCCGCAGACCCCUCGACGCCCGAGUCCGGCUCGCUUGCCCACAGCUUCGUCGGCUCCGAACUCGACUGGAACCAGCCCUAG